AAACCGAUAUAACUUUCUUCUGUGGAACAUAAAAAAUAUAUUUUGAAAAGUGUCUCACUGUUUUUGUCAGUACACCGAAAGUCAAAAUGCAUCAAAACUGUUUGGUUACCAACUUUGUUAAAAAUAUCUCUCUUUUUGUGUUUACAGAAUAAAAAAAUAAUUGAAAAAAGUGAGAUUUGGAAGUAAGGUUCAGUAAUGACAGAAUUUUCAGUUUUGGGUGAACUGUUCCUUUAAUACCAAAUAUUUCACAUUAAAAGUAAAUCGCUGAUAUACAGUUUUGAUUUAUACACAUUAAUGUUACUAGCAACAUCCUCUACAUUUGUGACCUAUCUUCAUGAGAUUACUAAACUGAAGCCCCUGAAGAACCUGAUGAGUGUGACAUUAGCAGAAAGCCCCAUCUUCAAUCUGCCCCAUUAUCACCUCUUCCUAAUCUUCCAUCUGAGGUCACUGGAAAUGUUGGAUGGACAACCAAUCAGUGCACAGGAAAGAGAGCAAGCAUAUCAGUGCUUUAACAUGGAGGAAGUGGAGCAUUUGGAGCAAGAGCUGGAGUUGAGAACUGAACAGAUUUCACAGCUUCAGAGUGAGCAAACCACAGCCCUGAAAGAACUAGAGCGGCAGGAAAUGGUCAACCAAAGCCUGAGCCAACAACAUCAGAAACAACAACGGAGCUGUGAGGAACUCCAGAAAGAACUUGACACCAAAUCUGAACUGACUAUUUCCUGUUCAGCUCUCUCUUCUCACUCCAUGCUUUUGCCACCUGCUCUAAAGGUGCUCCCUUUAGAGAGCGAUGUUGACGCUGAAGCAGAUUACAGUGGAGUUGACCCGGGCCUGUCAGAAACACUACGAGCUUGAGCAGGAGCUGGCGUUUCACAAAGUAGAUGCCAAGUUUGAACCUCUUCUGUUUUAUCCAGAUCCUGAGGUGGAGGUGGAGAACCUUUCUAGCGAGAGUCCAUACAUAGGAAGGUCAGAAAAGGAACAUCACCUUUCCAUCAGAGACGGAUAGCAUGGGUGCACAAACCCAGCCGCAGCAGACCUGACUGAGACAGACACCCCAGGAGAAAAUGCUGCGCUUAGAGAUCUGUGAGGCUGAGAAGGAUCUGCUCAGGCAGGAGCUUCAGACGAGGAUUCAGAGGCUGGGGGAGAUGAGAGGAGAGAUGGAGGCUAUGGAGAGGCAGCUGGACCGGCUGAAUGCUGAGAGGAGCCAAGCUCAGGAGGAAACGGAGCAGCUGCAGAAUCUGCUGCACAGCCUGGAUCCCAGUGACCCCAGACAUGCCCAUGUAAAGGCUCAGUUGUCCAAGAAGACACAGCUGCUGGCCAUCAUGAGCAGAAAACAGCAGGAACUGGAGAGCAGGCUGGAUGACAUGAUCACGCGCAUCUACAAGGAGACACAGGAGAUAAAAGAACUAGAGCAACAACUCACUGAUGGUCAGAUCGCUGCUAAUGAAGCACUCAAGCAUGACCUGGAGGGCAUCAUCGCAGGUCUCCAGGAGUAUCUGCAGGGGGUGAAGGACCAAGCACUAAGAGCCAAGUUAGAUUGCAGGCGCCUGCAGAGGGAGAAAGACGCUCUGCAGUGCCUCCUAUGUGAGAAGGAGCAGCAAUGCACACAGCUGCAGAAAGAAGCUCUGAGUGCUAAAAGCACACUGGAGGAGCUGCAGCAUCAGCAGCAGGAGUUGGAGGGUCUGAGGAAGGAGAAUGAAGAGCUGAAGCAGGCUCAGGGGCAGGUCAGUGAAUAUGAGGCAGAGCUGGAGGCUCAGCUGCAGGAGAGAGAUACUGAGGCCGCACAGCUGAAGGAGGAGCUGGGCAGACUUCAACAACUAAAUCAGAUGGAGUACUCUGCACUGCAGGCAGAGUUGCAGAAAGAAAGACAGAAUGCUUUGGCACAGAUGCAGAUGGCUGCCGACAGAGAGCUUGAGAACACAGAGCUUCAGCAACAGGUCAACGCUCUCCAGGAGAAAAGAGACAGUCUUAAGGAAAAGGUGGAUGCUCUUCAGUGUGAUUUGGAGCAGGUUAGGGAGGAGCUGCUUUGUCCGGAAAGUGUGGCUAAACAUUUAGGAGAGCUGAGAGAAGCCAUAGCUAGAGGACAAGAAAUACUAAGCUUUGAAGACCUUGGAGAACCAGUGAAUAAGAAAUUGAUGGAGCUACAACAGGAGGUGCAUCAUGUGCUAUCUGCUGCUCAGAGAGAGAGAGACGAGGCCCACUGCUGUCAGGAGAGACUUGCUGGAGAGAUGAGUUCGCUCACAGAGAGACUCAGGAAGUACCAAGAACGAUACCAGGCUCAGCAGGCAGCAGAGAGACGGGGUGAGGAGGUGGAGCUCCAUAGAUUGAGGAAAGAGCUGGAAGAUGCUCAUGAGCAGCAGUACUUCAUGCUGCAGCGUUUAAAGGAGACAGAAAUGGAAAGAGACCAUCUUCUUGCUGAAUUAGAAGAACAAGAUAAACAGGUGAAAGCUGAAGAGAGCCAGACUCAGGAGCAGCUAGCAUCUCUCAGUCUGGAGUUGCAGGCGCUCAAGAGUUCUUUUUCCUCUGCUGACAGAACGGCUGCCCAACAACUGACUGCAGCAAAGGACAAACUUCACUCUCUUCAUAGCACUGUAGAGAAAAUACAUCAGGAGAGAGCAGUGAAUGCAGAGGAGUUACAAAGCUCCAGGAUUGAGGCUGCCCAGGCCAUUCAGGACUUGGUUAAUGCUGAAGCAGAAGUCGAGGUUCUCCAGAAGCUUUUGAGAGAUAGGGUUCAUAAGACAGAUGGGAAUCUCCACAGUGUUCCAAAGUCUAGUAUUCAACAGCAAGAAUUGGACAGUUUAAACCAAAUUUUGAAAAGACAACAGGCCCAAACCAAACGUCUCCGAGAUCAACUAGCACAAGCCAAAGAAGCUAGCAACAUAAAUCUAGAAGAGCUUCUGGAAGAGAUUGGAGCACUGAGGGAGACUCUUCUAAAGCAGAAUAACUUCCUGUCCAGUUUAGGAGAUCCCCUGCCAAACACAGGAUGUUGGUAUUAUGUCCCAUCAAAUCAAAAUGCCCCUGGUUUUGGAUCUCAGGCCACACAUGACUCAGGACUGGGCUCUGUGCACCAACAGUCCCCUGACAGAAGCCGGCGGUCUGGCCACAGAGCACACAGGGAGAGAAGACCUGUUAAUGGAGGAUACUGGGUCUAUUCCCCCCAUCCGUACACUCAUGGAAAGAGAGAUGCACAGAUGUUCAGAGACAGUAGAAGAGAGAGAGAUAUAGAGGGGGUGUCUGGGACAUGCUUCACGCCUCCAUCAGUCUCUGCCGGAUUUACUCUACCCGAUGGUACUGAUUGUCCUCCUGGUUCAUUUGUCUACAAUCACCCUGUGCCUGGACUUCCCAUUGGCUCAAGUACAGUCCUAUAUGGGCCGCCCCCUGAUGGAGCCAGGCUGAUGUACGGACCUCCUCCCAGCAAUCUGACUAUUCCUCUGGUGCCCAGUAGGACCCUGCACUGUAAUGUGCCUGGACAUCAGGGCUUGGAGCGAGAUCUGAAGAAGGCAGAGCGCAGGCUCAAAGAGGAAUGCGCUGAAAGAGCUCACAGUGAUAAAGAACAGCAAGCACUUCAACAAAAAACAGCAGAGCUACAGAGAGAAAUCAAACGCCUGCGCAGGACUGUCCACACACUGAAGCGCCACACGAGUGGGCUGGAAGGCUCCUUAUCACAUGCAGAGAAGGAACAGUGUGUGCUGGGGGAGGUGGAGUGUGUGGAGAAGACCCUGCUGAAGCGCAGAGCAGAGCUCAGAGAAGCUGACAGGCUGCUGCUAGAAGCUGAGACAGAGCUCAAAGACACUCGAGCCAAGACUAAAGAGAGCGUACAGCGCUACAAUGAGGCUAGGAGGCGAGUGAAAGAGACCGAACGAGAGCUGGUGGAGAUGGAACAGAGAGCUCAAGACGAUGCCACACAGCUGGUGCAAACCAAGAAACAGCUCAGGAAUCUUCAAGAGGAGGUUAAGGAGCUGCAGAAAAGAAAACAGGACCAAGAACACACUCUACAUGAAGUAGAGGAGGUUCUCGCAUGUCAAGAUGCAAAGUUUCAAGAAGUCAGCAGAAGGUUGGAGAGAGCGACUGACAGACUGGAAACAGCUGAGAAAGAGCUCAGAGAGACCCAGAGCCUGGAGGUGAAACUGUUGCAGAGCUGCAGAGAGACAGAAGACAGUCUAGCACAACGCAAAACAGAGCUGGACCAAGUCAGCGCUCAGGUGGUGUUGCAGCAGGAGGAGCUGUCUAUGCUGGACAGGAAGCUGGAGCAGUGGAAAAAGGAAGAGGAAGUGUUGAGAAUUAGUGUAGAGAAACACAGGCAGGGCCUGUUUGAUGUGCUCAGACAGGGAGAGGAGGAUGCCCAACUCUUACACCAGCGCGUUCAGGAGCUCCGUGUGGAUGUGCAGUCUCUGGCCUUGCAGAAGGGAGAGCUGGACUCUCAACUGUCUGAGAAGAAAAACAGACUGGCACGGUAUAAGAAAGAGCAGCAGAAGGAGGAGGAAACCCUGCAGAACCUCCAUUCAGCCAUCAAAAAACAUAAAGCAGAGUUGAAGCAUGUGUUGGAAAUGGUCCAGUCGGAGACAGGGGAAUUAGAGGGUGUGAAGCUUCAGCAGAACCAGAAACUGGACCAGCUCGAGAGGAGCCAGGAAACUCUGCUGCAGGUGCGUGGAGAACUGCAGCGGGUGCAGCAGGAGCUCCAGGAGCAGCGUGGGGAGGCUGAGAGACAGAUGAACCUGCUGGAGAAAGAGAGAGCCGAGCUGCACAGCCUCCAGCAGAAGAGCCUCGACCUGAAACAGCAAACAGACACAGCAGUCCAAGAGAGGAGCGGCCUGCAGGAACAGUGCACAAACCUGGAGGCCAGACGGACACAUGCUCACAGGUGUUUGGAAGCAACAGAGACGAGAGUGAGGACUGCAGAAACAGAGCUGCUUAGACUACAGACUGAGCUGGACGAACUACAACAGGACCAGAAGCACACACACCGUAAGCAUCAGGAGAUCAGCCGGGACACAGCAGCCCUGCAGCAGCAGCGUGAGUGUAUCCGCUUUAACAUCAGCUCUUAUGUGUCUACUUCAAUCAGCACACUGGAACACUUGCUUUUACCCACAGAGGAGUUGAGAAGAUCGAAGAAACAGCUGGUGGAAUCUCAAACUCAGUUAGAUGAGAUCAGAGAGGAGGUGAAGGCUGCGAGAAGGCAGGGGGAAGAGCUAGUGAAGCAACAGAAGCAGCAAAAGUCUGAAGUGCAGGAGAAAGAGGAGAAGAUCAAGAGGAGACAACAGAAGCUGGACAGACUGGGUCAACAGCUGCAGCAGCUCAAGGCAGAAGUAGACACAAAACAGACACAGCUUCAAGAAUAUGAAAAGCUGUUGAGAGUGCAGCAGCAGCAGAGCACUGAUCGAGGCGCUCUGGGCCUCGGACUGGACCGGAUGGAGCAGGUCACAGCCGCAGAAACGGACCUGCAGAGGGAGCGCAAACAGUGCACUGCACUACAAGAGCAGGUGGAGAAACUAGAGCAGGAGGACUCCAGACUCCUGCAUGCUGUUGAGGAGACCCAUCGCCUGCAGGAGGCUCUGCUGUCUGACAGGACCAGCGCUGAGGGACGUCAGGAGGCCCAGAGGAACCACAGCGGCACAAACGGGCAAAAACUGCAGGGAGUGGAAAAGCUGCAGAGCCAUGAAGAGGGCAGCACUCGUCUACAUGAGAUCGAGGACAGCGUGCACUCUCUGAGGUCCCAGCGGAAAGCAGCGCUUGACAAUGGACUGUGGGAGCUGGAGUCGCCCUCUAGUGCCUCCUCAGACACAGACAGCCUGAAGGAGAACCGUCCCGGUGUUACACUAUCUGUGGGGAACCCAGCAUACAACACUGAGGAUGAACAGUGGCGAGGUGAAGCGCUGAGGGAGAGACUGAGGCAGCAGGAGGACCACUUGAAGGUUCAGCUACGCGGACGGAUGUUCUCCCAACAGGAAGCUCUGAGUCAGCACAGACUGCAGACUGAAGGCAGCAUUCAGGGUCUGCGCAGACAUGUCGACAAACUGGACCAGCUCCUCAGCACCUCUUCCAAAGACUCCUAUUAUUUGGAUGACCUGGAAGCCCUGCCAAAACAUGCCAAUGCACUUGAUCAGAAACAAUGAUCCACUGACCCUUUUGUACUGACAUGAGCAAAUAUUUGCAUAUGCAGAACUAUAACCAAGCAGCAUAUAUAAAGAAGGAACUAACUUCUAUUAUUUUUGUCAAAUUAUGAAAACAAGUGGUUAUAGAGGAGCACAGAUCUUAUCAGAGGAGCAGCUCGAUUAAACCCACUUCUAUCAGAAACAAGCACACAGAAACCACUGAGAAAAAAAAUCACGAGACCAUUCCUGCUUCGGUUACAGCAGUCUGGAUGAGUUUGUCAAAAAAACAGGCUGAUGUCAGCACUUUCCAUAUGCAAAUAAGUAAACUGAAACUCGAGGUAAACAAUAAGAUGGUGAAAGUUUAUUCUCUACCUCCGAUUUGUUCUUGUUGCUUUAUUAAAUUAUUUUUAACACAAACUGGUAUUUGCCUUCUCAACUUUUGCUCAUGUUAAAAUAGACAAUGUCUUUGAAUGUUUUGGGAGUGUUUACAGGCGAAACAGAUGCAGGCAGGAAGGUUUCAUGUUUCAUCAUGUGAUGUCAUUGAUGCAGUCUCUGGAAUGAAUUAACUCAUUUUUACAUGACUGUUGUCAAAAAUGACCUUGUAUUCAAAGCCAAGAUAAGCAGAGUAUUUAUUACAGCACUUUCCUUUAUGUACAGUUUCUCUCGAAUCAAAUACAACUUAAGUGUGCAAUACAA